AUGAAUCUCCAAAUUCGUGAAAUUUUUAAUAUUUUCCAAAUUCAUGAAAUUUCUAAAAUCACUUCAACAUUAAAAAAUCAUGCAAUUGCUAGUGUUGCCUCUUUAACAUUAAUAGACUGGUUAACAGCCUUUCUAUUCAUCGCUCUGCUUUACACGGCUAAAUAUUACUUCUCCUAUUUCACACGUAAUAAUCCUUUACCAGGACCUUUGCCUUUUCCUAUAAUUGGUAACGCUUAUCUUUUUCGUGGAGAUUUAGCCGAAGUAUUUCUUAAACUUCAAGCAAAAUAUGGAACAUUAUUUGAAGUUUAUUUUGGUCCUAAGCGUAUGAUUUGGUUGGGUGAUGCAAAGUUAGUUAAAAAACUUAACGAUCCAUCUCCAAAAUCAAAUUUCCCGUAUCGUGCUAUAGGUCCUUGGAUUGACGAAAUUAAAAUGACUGGUAUGGGAAUGGGUCUUAAUAAUCAUAUGAAUUCUUGGAGAUUUAAUAGGUCAAUGUUAGGUCGAAGUCUAAUGGUACCUUCACUCUUUCGACAAUUGGUUCAUAUAAUGGAAAAAACUUUUGUUGAAUUAGAAGGAUACUGGAUAAAGUUAUCAGGAGGAAAUGAAGUUAUGAAGAUUGAUAUAGCUGAUUGGAUUUAUAAAUUUACAAAUGAUAUUAUCGUUCCUACAGUUACAAAAAAACCUGCUGCAAAUAUGCUUACUUAUUAUAAUCAUCUUACAAAAAACGAUUCUAAUAUUACAUUCGAACAACAACAAGCUAUUGAAAUGUUGGAUAGAAUUCGAAUUUGGCAAAAAUCUAUUGUAUUCUUUUAUUUCUUUCCAAAAUUCCUUAGGCAUUAUAUACCACCAUUUACUUCUCUUAAUUCUAAAUAUUUAUAUAAUAUAAAUUGGUUAAAUGAAUAUUUUAUUAAUAUUGUAAAAGUCAGAAGAAAAGAAAUUGAGAAUACUCCAAAAGGAGAAACAUUAAGUUCGGAUAUUUUAACUUCUCUUAUCUGUUCUAUCACAUAUCUUGGUACCCAAUUUGGUAUUGAAAGUGACGAAUAUGAAAGGCCUAUGACAGAUGAAGAAAUUAUGCGAGUUACGAUUGAAGCAAUUACUGGUGGCACUAAUCCGCUUGGCUCUGGAAUAUGUUUCACCGUAUAUAACAUUGCUAAAAAUCCAGCCGCACAAUCCAAGGUUCAUGAUGAAAUUGAUAGAGUCCUUGGUAAAGACAUGAACCGACCUGUAACCUACGAUGAUAUUAUAAAAUUAAAUUAUAUCGAGGCUUGUUUUAAAGAAUCUUUACGAUUGGUUCCGGUUAUCCCAUUUAUUUUUAAAGCAUCAGAUAAAGAAGAUACUGUAGCUGGUCUUAACUGGAAAGCACAGCAAGAAUUUUUUAUUCAUAGUUAUUAUAUACAUAAUAUUAAGGCUCAUUGGAGCGAUCCAGAAUCAUUCAUACCUGAAAGAUUCCUUGGUAAUGAAAAUAUUGAAGAAAAUAGUCAUUUACCAUUUGGUGGUGGACUUAGAAUGUGCCCUGGACGUCAUCUCGCAUUAACCAACGUUAAAAUUUUCGUAACUUUAAUAUUUAGAAAAUAUAAAAUUGAGUUAGUUGAUGACAAGUCAUUCUCAAAAUCUUAUGAUUUAGAUAAUAGAUGCGAUAAAUUGGAG